GGCGGUGUUUAUUCAUAGACAUUGAUGUUGACUAGCCGAGCCGUGGAGAAGUGUUGACUGUCUUCGAAAUUAUUCCUCAUUCUAAGUCCACUUUCUCGCUCUGCGCUAUCGCUCGCCCCCCUAGUUUGAGGACGCCGCCUUGUCGAUUUGCGCAAAAGGAAGAGUUGUGACACGAGUAUCUUUGGGGCUUGACUUUCGCACCUCUUGUUGUGGGGUUAUAGUGGCAAAAAAUCUAGUUGCUGAAAGGUGGGUGCAAGUGAGCGCGCAAUUCGAAAAUUUACCGAUACAGAGGGUCUACAUACACGCGUCCUGACGGUUGUCCUUGUCAUUUGAGUCGAUUCAUCUUCAAAUGCAUAUUCAUCUCGUCUACUUCGUCUAGAUGUAAAAUGGCCACACCGUCAACGCACUUCCAGACUUUGGGUCCUUUGGAUCUUUACCAGCACCAGACCGCGGGAGAUCCGGCAGGAGGUGCCGGCGGGCUGCAGGAGCGCGGCGACACCUUUCGGGAGGCAGCACAGGAGCAUCCGCUGGAAAGGAUAGGACCGCUCCCUGGUCUGGAAGAAGGAGGCAUCCCCGGUGUGGAAGAGGUACGGACGGAGCUGCAGCGCGUGCUGGAUCAGGUGGCAGACCGGGACCGCCACAUACUGCAGCUCCAAAGUAACAUUCGGAACUUGGAAGAUACCCAUAAGCUGCGGUUGUACCGCACCCUGUCGCAGGUGCAUGACCGAGUCGAUCGGGACGUAUCUUGUCUAAAACCGUCUCCGCCCCACAGCGAAACUGAUACCGCGAUUUCUGCUAUUGUUCAAUGCAACGCGUUCAGCCAAAUAGUUCCGCAAGGGCAAGCGUGGUUCUGCGAUGGAGUGGCUAUGAGCUAUUGCGUCUGCGACGUCGCAGAGUCACCUCCUGACGGUGCUGGUUGCAGCUUUGCAAUUCUUUUCGGAACAAGGCUAUCAUUCAGUAACGGUCCCGUAGUAGGCACCAGUGGUGUUGCUGCAAAUGCGCUUUUUGGCUAUGCAUGCGGGGUCGGGACGGUUUGAAGACAGGAUACUCUGUCGCGCUGAUUCACUCACAGCGGGAAAUUUCGGAAAACGUGCGCACCGCCGAAGCCCACUGGCGGAAAGAGUGCGACGCGCUCCACAACCAGUUGCAGGAGCGGCGGAGAAGGAACUUUACAGAUGUUCGGACUAGCGGGGGCGCCUCUUCGUCUUCGUCUCAAUAGCACCAAAGAGGCUGAAAAGAAUUUCGCUUCGAGCCCAAGCGCCGCGCGUGUUACAUCUAGUACACAAGUGACUACACUGACUACCUCUAGUACAACUGACAUGGUCACGUAUAAUGCCACUCUCGACGUCCCAUCGACAUCGCUAAUUCGUCACAGUGCGAAGAACAGCCAUAAAAUGCCGGAAAAAGAGACUCGAUUUGAUGUUGAGCAGUUCCUGGGUCGACGCAAGCAUGAUGUGGAUUGACGUUGUGUUUACA